AUGUUUAAUCGCUGCUUGUUCUUCAUGCAGUUCGGCUCCCUUGCUGUACCCCCGCUUUGCGGCGGCACAUGGCUUGGAACUGCUUCGUCUGACUUGGCUCCCUUAGCGGUCGAGCACGUGGACGUCAUCGAGUGCUUGCCCAGGAACUGCUCUAUCGCUGCCAUUUGCGAUUACCUCGGCGUGUCCCACUUCAAGCUACAGCAUGCCAGUCACCCUGAAGCCCUGUCCUUUGAUCCGCCAAUCAUCGGCAACUCUCGGUCUUUGACGUCAGCAGCCGACGGUAUGAAAGUCCAAUGCGCGGAUCGACUCUUCAGUGGGCUACGCUGCAGCGGCACCAUGUUUAAUCGCUCCUUGUUCUUCAUGCAGAGUACACAAGCACGAGAUAUAAAACGAGGACUGCCGUCGUACAGAAUGGAAGAAAGAAACGCAGGACACCCAAAUUCAACAGAAAUUUUCAGCAUUUGCAAGUUGGAACAGGAGACACAAGAACCCACCUCAUCCCCGGCGAGUUGCCUGGCCGAGCCUGCAAGAUUUUCUUUGGGCUGCCAUGCGCACGACGCUCCCAAGUCGAGCGAAGUACGGAUCGGAAAAAAGGCCGAGGCGGCGGGCAUCGACAAAUGCUGGUGGGUGGCGGUGCUGGCCUUCGUUAUGGCAACCAUGGAAUCGUCCUCCAGCCGCUGCUCCGGCUUCCUUAUGGUCGGAAUCAUGGAGCAGAUGAACGUCGAACGUGGCCUCGCUUCCUGGCCUGUGAGCCUGAUCGGUUCUCUCAUUGGCUGUGGAGGCGUGCUGUCUGGUCCUCUCAGCGAAAUCUUCACCACAGUUCCCGUACUGGUAGGGGGAUCUGUGCUAGCGGCGGCCGGAAUCAUAUCAUCUUCAUUUGCCCCGGAUAUUACAUGGCUCACCCUCACCUUGGGAGUUAUGCACGGUGUGGGUCUCGGCAUCGUGAUAUGCAUGCUGCAAGUCCUCAUCAGCAUGUACUUCGAGCGGUACCGGGGCGCGGCCAACGGCAUCAUGUACACCGGCUCCACCGCCUCUGCUCUGAUAUUCCCCCGUCUGCUGCUCUAUUUUAGCGACACCUUCGGCUUCCGAGGAAGCCUAAUGCUUUUUGGUGCUGUCCUGAUGAACAUGAUAGCCGUGAGUCUCGCCUUUCGGGAACCGUCGUGGAUCCGGAAUGACAGAAUCAAGAGGAGAAAUGGCGUGGAGGCCCCACGGCGGCCAUCAACCAUCGCAGCGAACUCAAAGAACGGGUCAUCAAAGGCGUCCACCAUCAAGGCCGUGCUGCUAAACCUUCGCGGAGUGCUCAAGUGCGCCGUAACGUACGUGCUUGUCGUCACGUGGCUAGUGUUCUGUUACAACUACGACAUCUUCUUCUCCACGAUUGUGGACUUCGCUAUGGACAAGGGGGUGUCCCUCAAGGACGCCGUGUCUUUCAUCACGUACACGUCUGUCCCGGAUGUCGUGGGGAGGCUUUUCGUCCCUAUUUUGGCCGACCGCGGGAUGCUGCAGCGGUCGACGUUAAUGACUGCAAAUUAUUUUCUCCUGGGCAUGUGCACUGUGUCAUUGCCAAUCUGCGAGUCCUAUUGGGCUCUGCUCACGGGGUGCCUGGGCGUCGCCCUAUUCCUCGGCUGUGCCAUUACCAUGCAGAGCGUUCUGAUGGCGCACUAUUUGGGAAUCGAAAAACUUGCCCUGGGCUUUAGCGUCGUCGGCGCUCUUUGCGGACCAGCACUCUUAGGAAAGGCCCCAUUCGUAGGGUUCUUCAGAGAUGACCUAGGCUCGUACAACGAGAUGUUCUGGGUCCUCGGCAGCUUCAGCUUCUUCGUCACCAUUCAAUGGGCGUUGGUGUCUUUAGUCGACAGGAAGAGAACACACAAGUGGCAGCCGGAUACUGCGUAAAUGCUCUAUGGUCCGAUGACGUAAUAAACAAAGCGAUGUAUGUUGAAACAAUUCAUAUAAAACCUAUAUUAUAUGUCAAUCUCCAUCCCUAUGAGUGGAAUAUACUAAUGUUCUCACUAUCGACUGCAAUAGGAUUGAUAGAACCACAACGUAUUGCAAACAUUGGCACGCACAUAUAUUUUUGGAGUGAACCCUUUCAAUUUAAUACGAUUUUGUUCGAUUGCCUCGAAGC